AUGCGUAAGGUAAUUGUGUUAGGCUAUCAAGAAACAACUGAAAUUAGUUUGGCUUCUUUUUUUCAGGCUCUGUUGAAAAAUAUCCUCAUCAUCAGUCAGCUCCUUCCACUAGUGAGAACUAUAAAUACCAUCUUCUUCCCAUGUGACACUGAUGUGAAUACCACCACAGUGGACUGCUAUGAAAGACCACUUACGCAUGUUCCUCUCAUCAAGUCUACCACAGUAGUGUCACUCAAUUUAAGUCGGACUAAGAUACACCAAGUGCUGCAGUAUGAUUUCUCACAUGUCCCAAACCUUGAAACCCUGAAAAUGAUGGAUAAUUGUCUGCCGGUUCACCUGAGAGCUUUAGUAGAUCCCUCUUGCAAAAUGGAGAUUCACAGAGAUGCCUUUAAGAACCUAUUAAAGCUUAAAAUUCUGAACCUGUCAGGAAAUAGCCUCACCUCCAUACCCUUGUUACCAAAAAACCUAAAGGUUCUCGAUCUGAAGAAUAAUCGUAUCUCCCACAUUACCGAACCUUUAAAUACUCCACAUCUAGAGCAUCUCUUCCUCUGCAAGAACUGCUUUUAUGCAAACCCUUGCAACCAGUCCUUUUACAUCAAUGAGACGGUUUUAACAGAGCUCCCUGAACUCACAAAUCUCACUUUAGGGUAUAAUAAUUUGACAACUGUCCCUAAAGGGUUGCCACCCUCACUGAAGAUGCUGGAUUUAAAAGAGAAUGCAAUUCAGGGAAUCUCUGGAAGACCAUUUGCCAAUCUGAUGCUCCUACAGUAUUUGAAUAUUGAGUGGAAUUGCCAGCGAUGUGAUCAUGCAGCCAGGCCCUGCUUUCCUUGCCCACAAAAUCGCCCCCUAUUCCUGCAUGCAAACUCCCUAUAUGCUGAGAACAGCUCCAUCACAUACCUAAGUCUGAGGGGAAACUCUCUGAAAACAUUUCCAGAGGGCCUUUUCAGACCUUUGAAGAAUUUAAAGAGAUUAGACCUCUCUGACAAUCUUUUGGCAUAUGCCAUACAAAAUGGUACCUUCUUUAAAGAGCUGAAGGGCCUCACUUGGAUUAGCCUUAUCUAUAACUAUGAACCACUGAAGACAUUUAAAAACAUGAGCCUUUCACCACAUAUUGGCAAUAUAUCUGGUCUACAAUAUCUUCUUUUGAGUGGUAACUUUUUCCACACACUUUCAAGAGAGAGCCUUGAAGUUCUGUCCAAACUUCAAAAUCUAAAGACUCUAGAACUGAGAAUGAACUUCAUCAAUACUUUUGACUUGAGUGCUCUGAAAAAGUUAGGUUCUCUAAAAGUUAUUGACCUCUCCCAAAAUAUGCUUAAUUUCCUUCCAUGCUGCACAAGUCCAUCAUCUAAGAUUAUUUCACAGCAAAGCUGUCAGAACCAGAACUUGUAUAUGCAUGAGCUUCUUAACCCACCCCUUCUAGUGGAUCGAGAAGUCACACAUGGAAGUGACAUCUGGGAAUCCAACCAAUCAACCAAUGUGCUGGAAGUGUUGGAGUAUAAUGUGUCACGAUUUCCAUCAAUUUGGGACUUUAAAAAACUUUUUUGUCACAAUAAGCUGACAUUUGAUUUGUCACAAAACGACAUUCUGUCUCUUAACAAAGAUGUGUUUGUAGGCAUGGAAAAUGCUGUCUGUCUAGACCUUUCCUUCAAUUACAUGAGCCAGACACUGAAGAAAGGGCUGUUCACUAGCAUGAAAAACUUAGUUUUUCUUGAUUUGUCAUACAAUAGACUUGAUCUUUAUCAGAAAGAUGCCUUCAGUGAGCUUAAAACCACUCUGAAGGUAGUAGACAUUAGUAAUAAUGAGUUUCACUUCAAAAUGAGGGGUAUGGGCCAUCGGUUGGAGUUCCUUCAAAACCUGACUAAUUUAGAAGUCCUAAGUCUGGCAAACAAUGGCAUUGGGAUGCGUAUAGAUCAAAGGCUGAUCAGCAGCUCUGUGAAGUACUUCUACUUCUAUGGAAACCACCUGGACAUCAUGUGGGAGUCUGACAACAACAAGUACACUCAUUUCUUUCAAAACUUGACAAACCUCAUCUACCUGGACAUCUCUAACAAUGAACUGAAAUCAAUCUCACCAGAAGUGCUGUGCAACCUCCCAGAGAGCAUUAAGUUCCUCAGCAUCAGUGACAAUCUGCUGAACUAUUUCCCAUGGCUAAACAUCUCAGCAUUCAGCAAUUUACAUCACCUGAACCUGAGUCAAAACUUCCUCUUUUAUUUACCCCGUAAAGACAUAAAAUUUGGAGCAAAUUUUUCUUUUUUGGACCUCAGUCACAAUCGACUUAGUGUAAUUCCUGAGGACUUUUUUAAACAGGCAAAAUCAUUGCAAUAUCUCUAUCUCAACCACAAUCAGAUUAAAGAGUUGAACCAUCAGUAUCUCCCUGCCCCUUUUAAAAAUGGUAGUGCCCUUCAGAAACUCACCUUGCAUGCCAAUCCCUUUAAAUGUGACUGUGCUGCAUCUUGGUUUGCAGACUUCUUACGUACUACUCCGGUUCAGAUUCCUUAUCUCACCAUGCAUAUACACUGUCAAUUCCCCGAGUCCCAACAAGGCAAGAGUGUUUUGUCGAUGGACCAGCGUUCCUGCCAGGACAUAUAUGGUAGCGUAGCUUUCCUUGUCAGUUUCUUCUUGGCUGUGAUAUUCACUGUUCUGCCCCUGCUGAAGCAUCUCUAUGGAUGGGAUCUGUGGUAUUGCUUACAGGUGCUUUGGGCAGGACAGAAAGGAUACUCCCAGCUGGCUGGUAGUGAUUCACAGUAUCACUAUGAUGCUUUUGUGGUGUUUGACACCAAUAACCAGGCUGUGAGAGAUUGGGUCUACAAUGAGUUAACUGUCCAUCUGGAGAACUCAGGUCACAGAAGAUUUUGCCUUUGUUUAGAAGAGAGAGAUUGGAUUCCUGGGUUUUCAUGUAUUGAAAAUCUGCACAAUGCUGUCUACAACAGUGUGAAGACUGUAUUUGUGCUGUCCAGUGGUGUUAAUGGUGGUGAGACAGUGAAUGGUGUGAUCCGCCAAGCUUUCUUCAUGGUUCAGCAGCGACUUCUCGAUGAAAAGGUUGAUGUAGCUGUGCUGGUUCUGUUGGAUGAGAUGUUUCCUAAACUGAAGUACCUUCAGUUGCGGAAGAGGUUGUGCAGGAAGUCUGUGUUGUCCUGGCCGAGAAACCCGAGGGCCCAACCUCUUUUCUGGAAUCGAAUAAGAAUGAGCCUGUCAUCAGAUAACCUCAAAUUCUAUGACAACAACAUUAGUGAAAGUUUUAUAUGA